AUGUCAUCAAAAGAUCCAAAAGAAUCUAAAAAUGAAAAUCAUUCUAUUGAUGAAUCACUUCGUGCUAAUGUUCGAUUACUUGGUGAUAGUCUUGGGCGAACUAUAGCACAUGAUUUAGGUGAAAGUUUUGUUGAAGAAAUUGAAACAAUACGUCAUUAUGCAAAACUUCAAGAUGAUGGUGCACAAUUACAUCAAUAUUUACAUCAACUUCCAGACAAUCAUUUAUUACCUGUUGCACGUGCUUUCAAUCAAUUUCUUCAAUUAGCUAAUAUAGCUGAACAACAUCAUCGAGUUUGUUCAAAACGUAUUGAUGAUGAUAGUCGUAGUGCAUUUCAUCAUGUGAAACUUAUCGAUUUAUUUAAACGUAUUGAAAAAGAAAAUAAAAAUGCAAAGCAAUUAUUUUUUGAUACAUUUACAAAAAUGAAUAUUGACUUAGUAUUAACAGCACAUCCAACAGAAACUAUACGACGAACAUUAAUUCAAAAAUAUAAUUUAAUUGAAGAAUGUUUAGCAUUAUUAGAAAUGUUAGAUCCUGAAGCUGAAGAAAAACAUAUUUCUGAAACAGCUUAUCGAACAAGAGAACGUCUUCAAGAAUUAAUUAGUCAAGCAUGGCAUACAAAUGAAUUUCGACAUGAACGACCAUCACCUAUUGAUGAAGCAAAAUCAGGCUUUGCUGUUGUUGAAAAUUCUCUUUGGGAAGCUGUACCAACAUUUUUUCGUGAUCUCGAUCAAUUACUUCUCGAUACAGCUGGUCAACGUUUACCAUUACAUGCUGCACCAAUUCGAUUUGCAUCAUGGAUGGGUGGUGAUCGAGAUGGUAAUCCAAAUGUGACGGCAGCAGUAACUACAGAAGUAUUAUUACUUGCUCGUUGGCAAGCAGCUGAACUUUAUAUAUCUGCUUUAGAAAAACUCAAAACAGAAUUAUCGAUGACAAAAGCAUCAAAUGAAUUAUUGAAUUUAAUUGAUGAUCAAAAUGCAAACGAGCCUUAUCGUGUACUCUUAAAGCAUUUAAUACGUCAAGUUCGAAUAACACGUGAUUGGUUACAAGCUCAAUUAGAUAAUAAACCAUUUAAUAUUCCACAAGAUAUUGAACUUAUUCAAUCGACCAAACAACUUCAAGAACCUCUUAAAAUUUGUUAUCAAUCAUUAUGUGAAAAUAAACUUGAUCUAAUUGCAAAUGGUUUAUUACUUGAUAUAUUACGUCGUUUAGCAUGUUUUGGUGUAACAUUAACAAGAUUAGAUUUACGACAAGAAUCUACACGGCAUACAGAAGCUCUUGAAGAAAUUAUAUCAUAUAUUCUACCUCAUGAUAAUAAAUAUUCAGAAUGGAAUGAAGAAAAAAAACAAAAAUUUUUACUUAAUGAACUUGUUUCAAAACGACCAUUAAUAUCUCAUCGACAUAAAUGGUCAAAAGAUACUCAAGAAGUCUUAGAUACAUUUGAGAUUAUUGGUCGAAAGAAUAAUGAAGAAGCAUUAGGUUCUUAUAUUAUAUCCAUGAGUAAACAACCAUCAGAUGUAUUAGCAGUAGCAUUAUUUAUGAAAGAAAUAGCUAAUGGAAAGACAUUACCGAUUGUUCCAUUAUUUGAAAGAUUGCAUGAUUUGGAUCGUUCCAGUGAUAUUAUUGAUGGAUUGUUGUCAAUGAAAGGUUACCGAGAUCUUAUUAAUAAUAAACAAGAAGUGAUGAUUGGAUAUUCGGAUUCGGCUAAAGAUGCAGGUCAAUUAGCAGCUGUCUGGGCUCAAUAUCGAGCUCAAGAACGUUUAGUAGAAGUAUGUCAAAAGCAUGGUGUUGCAUUGACAUUAUUUCAUGGUCGAGGUGGUACGGUUGCUAGAGGUGGUGGUCCAUCUCAUGCAGCUAUUUUAUCUCAACCACCUGGAUCUGUUAAUAACAGUAUUCGUGUUACUGAACAAGGUGAAAUAAUUCGAUUUAAAUUUGGUUUACCUGGUUUAGCAGUUUUAUCCAUGGAAAUUUAUGCUUGUGCUGUUUUAGAAGCUACACUUCUUCCUUUGCCAAAACCAAAAGAUAGUUGGCGUAAAGAAAUGAAUAAAUUGGCUGAUCGAGCAUAUCGUACUUAUAAUUUAAUUGUUCGAGAAAAUCCAGAUUUUGUACCGUAUUUUCGAACAAUAACACCGUUAAAUGCACUUUCAGAACUUCCACUUGGUUCUCGACCAGCAAAACGAAGACAAGACGGUGGUAUUGAAACUCUACGAGCUAUUCCAUGGAUUUUUGCAUGGACUCAAAUACGACUUAUGUUACCAGCAUGGUUGGGUACUGAUGAUGCUUUUGAAGAAUUUCUUAAAGAAAAUCCUAAUGGUCUAGAUCGUUUACGUGAAAUGAUAAAUUCAUGGCCAUUUUUUCGAAUGUAUAUGGAUAUGCUUGAAAUGGUUCUUGCUAAAUCUGAUGUUGAUAUAACAGCCUAUUAUGAACAUCGACUUAUUGAACCAAAUACAUCUAUGCAAAAAUUAGGUGAAUCUUUACGUGGAAGACUUGAUCAUUUACGUGAACUUGUUCUUCGUAUAACUGAUCAAAAAGAAAUAUUAGAACAUGUACCACAACUUGCUCAUGCAAUUGCUUUACGUAAUCCAUAUAUUGAACCAUUACAUAGAUUACAAGCUGAAUUAAUGCAACGAAAUCGAGAUAAAAAACCAGAAGAUAUACCAGCUGAUAUAUCAAGAGCUAUGAUGACUACUAUGGCUGGUAUUGCUGCGGGCCUUAGAAAUACAGGAUAA